UCGUAAUUUCCUAGGACGGAACCACUGCAACAACAGUGCGGAGGAGAAGAGUAAGAGGCGCUCCGAACAGAAUUCGAGGCCUCCUAUGUCAUUGUUUACACCGUGAAAGGAGUUUUAUUUUUGCAUGCAUUAGACAAGCCCCCCUCUGAGAAAACUCAGUGUUUACCGCUUCUAUUACUGAAACCCUAACGAAGAUCCAAGUUGCAGUGGCCUUGUAACCAAAUCAAGCACCACGCUGGGUGUUAGCUAUGGAGGAUGUCUCCGCUGUAACGAUCAAAGGCGAGGGAGGAGAUGAGCAGGAGUCGGAAGAUGUCAGAGAACAUUUAACCAAGACCGAGAACAGCGCCAACAAGUCUGCCAAAGAUGACAGUACCGAUGUGAAACUAGCCAGCAUGAGGUGUCAGGACUGUGGGCAGCAGUUCACUCGCUGGGAGGCCUUCAAGACUCACCUGCGUAAGCAUGUUCUGGAGGAGGCGAUGGCGGAAGAGGAGGAACAAAGACAGAGCAUUAAGAGAUCUCUGGAGAUGAACGGGAGCAAUGGCAAUGCGGAAUCGGCAGCACCUGAGAAAAAGCAGAAAAAUUAUGACCAUGGUGAUUACAAAGAGAACAGUGACGUAGACGUGGAAGGUGAUGAAGAAGACGAAGAGUUCUUCGACAGUUCCUGGCAGGUCAGACCAUCGGAGAUCGUCACAGUUCGCCCGCGCGUCGCCAUGCUGUCUGAGGAGGAGAAGCCAGUCUUCAGCAGCUCCCACAGGGUCUAUGCAUGCUCCAUCUGUGGGAAGGUCUACUCCUACCUCGAGUCGUUUAGAAAUCACCAGAAGACGCAUGAAAAAGAAGAAAAAAAACAACCCACAGAGAACAAGUGCCCAGACUGUGGGAAGGUCUUUGCUCGCCCGUCCCUUCUCGUGACUCACUUGAAAGUGCACAGGCCUCCCGUGCCGAUGGAACCCUCCACUCUGAAGUGUGAUCAGUGUGUAAAAAGCUUCAAUUCCCUGCAGACGUAUUUGAUCCACAUGGACCUGCACAAGCAGAAGCCCUUCUGGUGCCUGGCCUGUGCUAAGGGCUUUAGGGAAGAGGUCUCUCUGGACAAACACCUGCAGGGCCACAACCUGAGGCGCCACAAGUGUGACCUCUGUGAAAAGUCUUUCCGCGUUCCUGCUGAGCUCCGCUACCACUACAAUACUCACACCGGCGCCAAGCCCUACAAAUGCACUCUCUGCGAGAAGAACUUCUCUCAGCUGGGCAACCUCAUCACGCAUCGGAAGAAGCACGUAGGGGUCUACGUCGGGGCCAGCAAGACGCCACUGGGACCCAGGAACCACCUGUUUGCUGGGAGGAGAAGGGUGACUGAGAUGAAGAGGCUGGUGUUCACAGGGAUGGGUAGCACAGAUGAGGCAGAGGUGAUAGAUAUGCUUCAGGAACAUCAAGAGGAGGAAGAAGAAGAGGAUAAUGAUUUGGGUGAGGAGGAUUCUGGAUCAGAAGAGUCGGGGUCUGAGUCUAGUUCUGAAGACUCUGGCGCUGAGGAGCCGUCGUCGGGUUCGGGAUUGUCUAAAUCAGAUUCAUCAUACUCUUCUGGAUCUGAUUCCUCUGACGACUCUAAUUCCUCUGGAUCCGGAGUCGAGGAGGAGGAGCACGAGGGGAAAGAAGAGACCGUAUUAGAAGCACAUGUGGCGGUGCAACAGAAAAGACCGAAAGAAUGGGAGUGUUUUGAAUGUGGUGAAGGGUUUGAUCAAGAGUCAGCGUUGCACCUGCACUAUAUGAAACACGCCAGUGGGGAGCUGCCAGUAUAAUGACGGCCCAGUACAUGGUGAGAUUAGCUGUGAAAUGAUUGGUGAGUUGGGCACUGUUCAAUGUGUUUUGAGAGUUGAGUCACCGCUGAUCCCUUGAAUCAAUUGAAGAACACUGAAGACAAUUCCUAAUGAUUCCUCUCCCAAUAUUUUGAAGUAAACUUGGGUGUUUCAUUUGUCAGUAAUGGGAAAACUUUGUCUUAAUUAUUUCAUAUAUAUAUAUAUAUAUAUAUAUAUAGUACCAGUCAAAAGUUUUGACAUCUACUCAUUCCAAGAUUUUUAUUUUUACUAUUUUCUACAUUGUAGAAUAAUUGUGAAGACAUCACCUUUGUACACUCUUGUUUUUCUCUCAACCAGCUUCACCUGGAAUUCUUUUCCAACAGUCUUGGAGUUCCCACAUAUGCUGAGUACUUGUUGGCUACUUUUCCUUCACUCCGCGGUCUAACAAAACAUCUCAAUUGUGUUGAGGUUGGGUAAUUGUGGAGGCCAGGUCAUCUGAUGUAGCACUCCAUCACUCUCCUUCUUGGUCAGCCUGGAGAUGUUGGGUCAUUGUCCUGUUGAAAAACAUAUGAUAGUCCCACUAAACACAAACCAGAUUGGAUGGCGUAUCGCUGCAGAAUGCUGUGGUAGCCAUGCUGGUUAAGUGUGCCUUGGAUUCUAAAUAAAUCACUGACCGUGUAACCAGCAAAGCACCAUCACAAAACCUCCUCCAUGCUUCACAGUGGGAACCACACAUCCGGACAUCAUCCGUUCUAGAGGUCGACCGAUUACGAUUCUUGAACGCCGAUACCGAUUAUUGGAGGACCAAAAAGCCGAUACCGAUUAAUCAGUCGAUUUAAAAAUAAUAAUAAUAAAAAGAUAAAAUAAAACAAUUAUUUUUAAUAAUGACAAUUACAACAAUACUGAAUGAACACUUAUUUUAACUUAAUAUAAUACAUCAAUAAAUUAAUGUAGCCUCAAGUAAAUAAUGAAACAUGUUCAAUUUUGUUUAAAUAAUGCAAAAACAAAGUGUUGGAGAAGAGAGUAAAAGUGCAAUAUGUGCUAUGUAAGAAAGCUAACGUUUCAGUUCCUUGCUCAGAACAUGAGAACAUAUGAAAGCUGGUGGUUCCUUUUAACAUGAGUCUUCAAUAUUCCCAGGUAUGAAGUUCUAGGUUGUAGUUUUUAUAGGAAUUAUAGGACUAUUUCCCUCUAUACCAUUUGUAUUUCAUUAACCUUUGACUAUUGGAUGUUUUUAUAGGCACUUUAGUAUUGCCAGUGUAACAGUAUAGCUUCCGUCCCUCUCCUCGCUCCUCCCUGGGCUCGAACCAGCAACACAACGACAAUAGCCACCAUCGAAGCAGCGUUACCCAUGCAGAGCAAGGGGAACAACUACUAGAAGGCUCAGAGUGAGUGACGUUUGAAACGCUAUUAGUGCGCACUAACUAGCUAGCCAUUUCACUUUGGUUACACCAGCCUCAUCUUGGGAGUUGAUAGGCUUGAAGUCAUAAACAGCGCAAUGCUUGACGCACAACGAAGUGCUGCUGGCAAAAUGCACGAAAGUGCUGUUUGAAUGAAUGUUUACGCGCCUGCUUCUGCCUUCCACUGCUCAAUCAGAUACUUAGAUACUUGUAUGCUCAGUUAGAUUAUAUGCAACGCAGGACACGCUAGAUAAUAUCGAGCAAUAUCAUCAACCAUGUGUAGUUAACUAGUGAUUAUGAUUGAUUGAUUGUUUUUUAUAAGAUAAGUUUAAUGCUAGCUAGCAACUUACCUUGGCUUACUGCAUUCGCUUAACAUUCUAGUCUCCUUGUGGAGUGCAACGAGAGAGAGGCAGGUCGUUAUUGCGUUGGACUAGUUAACUGUAAGGUUGCAAGAUUGGAUUCCCUGAACUGACAAGGUGAAAAUCUGUCAUUCUGCCCCUGAACAAGGCAGUUAACCCACAUUCCUAAGCCAUCAAUGAAACAAAAUCGGCAAAUCGGCGCCAAAAAAUACUGAUUGUUAUGAAAACUUGAUAUCGGCCAUUCCGAUUAAUCGGUCAACCUCUAAUCCGUUCACCUACUUUGCAUCUCACAAAGACAUGGCGGUUGCAACCAAACAUCUCAAAUUUGAACUAGUCAGACCCAAGGACAGAUUUCCACCUGUCUAAUGUCCAUUGCUUAUGUUUCUUGGCCCAAGCAAGUCUCUAAUUCUUAUUGCUGUCCUUUAGUGGGUUUUUUUGCAGCAAUUUGACUAUGAAGGCCUGAUUCACACAGUCUCUGAAAAGUUGAUAUUGAGAUGUGUCUGUUACUUGAACUCUGUUAAGCAUUUAUUUGGGCUGCAAUUUCUGAGGCUGUUAACGCCAAUGAACUUAUCCUCUGCAGCAGAGGUAACUCUGGGUCUUCCUUUCCUGUGGCGGUCUUCAUGAGUCAAUUUCAUCAUAGAGCGUGAUGGUUUUUGCGACUGCACUUUUUCCGUAUUGACUGACCUUCAUGUCUAAAAGUAAUGAUGGACUGUACUUUGUCAUUGCUUAUUUGAGUUGUUCUUGCCAUAAUAUGGACUUGGUCUUUUACCAAAUAGGGCUAUCUGCUGUGUACCACCCCUACCUUGUCACAACACAACUGAUUUGGCUCAAAUGCAUUAAUAAGAAGGAAAGAAAUUCCACAAAUUAACUUUUAACAAGGCACACCUGUUAAUUGAAAUGCAUUCCAGGUGACUACCUCAUGAAGCUGGUUGAGAGAAUGCCAAGAGUGUGCAAAGCUGUCAUCAAGGCAAAGGGUGGCUACUUUGAAGAAACUCUUGAAAUAUAUUUUGAUUUGUUUAACACCUUUUUUGGGGGUUACUACAUGAUUCCAUAUGUUAUGUCAUAGUUUUGAGGUCUUCACUAUUAUUCUACAUUGUAGAAAGUUUUUUUUUUUUAAAUGAGAUGUAAACGUUGCCUGGUACUGUAUAUCCAGCCUACUGUAGUAGUUGCUAUGAUUCCAUUAACAUGUAAUCUAGUAUGUACCAGGAAUUUUUCUUCGUUACAACCAUAUCACUCGCUCUUCUGUCAGUCUGAUAACCUAUUCAGCUGCAUUUUUUUUUUAAUGCUUUGCAUAUGAUUUUUUUGUUGUCUGGAUUAAAUUUCUGUUUUUGUAAUAGAAUUGUGGUAAUAAAUUAAAUGCAUUUUGAGUCCA